UUUACUAAAUAUCAGUGUUUUGCACAACUAUUUAAAGAUACUUUCAUAAAAUAUUUAUUAUUGCUUGAAAUUAACUUAUAGUGUAAUUAUAAACAUUUUAUUAAACUUAAAUAAGUUUAGUAUUUAUAGUUUAAAAUGUCUGAAAAUCAAAAGAAAGUGGUGUUAGCCUAUAGUGGAGGACUGGACACAACUUGUAUACUGUUUUGGCUCAAAGAACAGGGAUAUCAAGUGAUUUGUUAUACAGCAGAUGUGGGACAGGAGGAGGACUUGGAUCAAGUGAGACAACAAGCCUUAAAACUUGGAGCUAUUAAAGCGAUUGUCGACAACAGAAUUGAAGAAUUUGUCACAGAAUUUGUUUAUCCAUCUCUUGCUUAUGGAGGCAUAUAUCAGGGACGGUAUCUUUUGGGAACAUCCCUAUGUAGACCAUGUAUUUCAAAAGGUAUUACUAGAGUGGCUAAUGAGGAAAAAGCAGAGUUCAUAGCACACGGAGCCACCGGUAAAGGCAACGAUCAAAUCAGAUUUGAAUUGUCUUGUAUUUCAUUGGACUCUAAUAUUAAAUGCAUUACUCCCUGGAGAAUGGAAUCGUUUUAUAAUAGAUUUGAAGGUAGACUCGAUCUAAUAGAAUAUGCAAAAUCUAAUGGUUUUAAAGUGACGGCCACUCCUGACAAACCUUAUAGUACUGAUGCAAAUAUAAUGCACAUUAGCUUUGAAUCGGGUGUUUUGGAAGAUCCUCUGCACCCGCCUAUUGAUGACAUGUAUUUAAUGACUGCUAAUCCCAGUCAAUGGCCAAAUGAAGCCGAAGAAAUCAAAAUAACAUUUAGUGAAGGAAUUCCUCGAUUAGUAGAGAAUUUAAAUACAAAAGAGAAAAUCGAUAAACCGAUAGAUAUUUUGAAAUAUCUCAACAAAUUAGGCGGAAAGCAUGGCAUCGGCAGAAUUGAUAUUGUUGAGGACAGAUAUAUUGGUAUGAAAUCUCGUGGAGUAUAUGAGACACCGGGAGGUACUAUCAUCUGGAAUGCCGUCAGAGAUCUAGAAUUGCUUUGUUUGGAUCGAGAAGUCAAUCAAAUUAGGACUCAAUUGGCAGAAAAGUUUGCGGAAAAAGUUUAUUAUGGACUUUGGUAUUCACCGGAAUGUCAUUAUAUUAGAGCCUGUCUUAAGUUAAGCCAGAAAUUGGUCAAUGGAUAUGUCAUUCUUCAACUGUUUAAAGGAAAUGCUUAUAUUAGAGGACGAAAAGCUAUUAAAUCACUUUAUGAUCAACAGUUAGUCAGUAUGGAUGUCCAAGGUCAGUUUACACCAAACAAUGCCGAUGGCUUCAUCAAGACAUCUGCAAUAAGAUUGACAGCAUUUAACAAUGUUUAUAAACARAGUCCAUAUAGUAGUUAAAUAACAAAUUUUUAACUCAACAACAAUUCAACUUACAAUACAAUA